GGCACAUUUGAAGUAAUACUUCUUCGAAAAGCUGAAUUGGCUUAUUUGGCUAUUUGGUUUGGCAUUAAUGCUGAAGGAAACUCAACUAGUAAAAGAAAGGCUUACCAUGUUUUUGUCUGGGCUUUUGAGUUUUUCCUUACUGUUGCUCAUUCCUUCUUGUAUCUUUUGGUUCAGGACAUUGCAUUAGCAUCUGUUUCAAUGAGGCCAAUCCCUUUUGCACCAGUUUUGGAGAAGCUUUGUCUUUCAGAUGUGAAAUAUGGAACAGUUAGACGGUUUUAUAUAGAAACUGCAGAGGAUAAUGCCAUUCCUAUUACACUACAGGAAAGCAUGAUAAACUCAAGCCCCCCGGAAAAGGUUUUCCAUUUAAAAGGUGCUGAUCACUCACCUUUUUUCUCCAAGCCUCAAGCCCUUCACAAGAUAUUGGUAGAGAUUUCUAAGAUGCCUUCAACUUGA